AUGUCCCAGUCCCGCGAGUUGGACGAGGAUACCGACAUGGCCAUUUCAUACGCAAGCCGGCCCUCGGCUGGUCAUUCUCAGCAACUCCCAUCAUUCCGCGAGCUUCUUCCACCUCACCUGCAUGACGAGAUCGAUUCUUCUAUCUACCAUAACACCCGACCCCAAUCACAAGAUCGCCCGGGAUCCGGCCAUGAGAUGGCUGACCCUCGAUCUAUCCCUGGCUAUCCUACCAACCAGUCACCCAAAUCCUACGGAGAACCACAACACCACCAACAACAUGAAUACACUACACGCACCGGCGAACACCCAUCCCGGCCGAUGGGCGACCACCUAUCUAUGCGACUCGGCGAAAGCUCCGCACGAGGACCCAGUCCUAUCCUGCCCCCCAUUCGAGACCUAGGAGGAUCCAUGCCAGACAGAAAUGGCUAUCCAGACAGCAGAAUGGCGCCACGUUCCGAUCCCUACGUACAAGAAUACGCACGUCCUGGUCCACCGCAGCAGCAGCAGCAACAACCCGUCCCCAUACCCCCACAGAUGGUCGACCGCAGAACCGCAGAGCAGUACGGUGCACCUAUGAUGCAUCCGCAGCCGCCUUAUGGGCACCCGAUGGCAUACCCGGGAGAAGUAGAGCAGAUGUCGCCACCCAUGAUGGGGCAUCCUCAACAUCAACAGGCCAAUUUCGGAAUCAUGGGAGAACAGGUCGAUUCAAAGAACAAGAGACGUCGCGGAAACUUGCCAAAGCCUGUGACUGAUAUCUUGCGAGCUUGGUUUCAUGAGCAUUUGGAUCAUCCUUAUCCCAGUGAGGAGGAUAAGCAGAUGUUCAUGACGAGAACUGGUCUUUCAAUCAGUCAGAUCAGCAAUUGGUUCAUUAAUGCUCGGCGGCGACAACUUCCUGCUUUACGGAAUCAGAUACGAGGCGCAGGUGACGACUCACGGCAUUCACCCUUCAGCGAUGUCGAAGGUGUCUAA